AUGAGCCUGGAGACUGGCGCCUCUCUCAUCACCCUGUCGCUACUGCUCAACAAGAUCAGCGGUCUCUACGGCCUGCUCGCCCUGCUGACGGGCUACCACCUGUCGCCGGUGCAGCUGUCCAUGUAUCUUUACUCCCUCAUCGCCCUCGGUCUCGCAACCCUGCUCUUCCCGCACAUCCGCAAACAGUCGCCUCUUCAAUGUCUCGCUCUGGCAUGGCUCUACCUGAUUGACAGCCUCAUCAACGCUGCUUACACAGCUGCCUUUGGCGUGACGUGGUUUCUGGUGGUGUCUCAGCAUUACGAUAACGGCAAGGCUUCUGGCCCUGGGAGCGAGACGAUCGCCCAGACUGCCGGUUUCACGAGCCCCAAAUAUGAUGCGGCCUACGUUGAAAUCCAGCACACCGAGGAGGGUAAUCAGUUCGUGGCCCAUCCCCCGCGCAGUGCCGAGCGUAUCAGCAAUGCCGUCCUUCAGCCCGAGAGUUUCCAAAGUAUCAUCUUCAUUUCUCUUCUGUGGGCUGUUCGCCUCUAUUUCGUCUUUGUGAUGCUUGCUUUUGCGCGCCAGACCUUGCGCCUUUGGGUUGCUAUCCCCCGUCAUACUCAACUUCCGACGCACAGCCGCAAUGUCUCGGUCGCAAGCGUGGCUGAUAUCGACCGCGAGCCCUUUUCGCCGUAUAGCCCAGAUGGCCAGGGUUGGAAAGGCAGGCUGGGGCGGGUCAUGAUUGGCAUCGGUCAUAACUACUGGCUGGGGGAAGAAGAGGAUGGUAAUUGGCUGAGUGGUAUCAAUCUUAAAUUCCGCACCCGAGGCAACAACCCAAACGAGUUGCCAGGCCCCCUGGAGCGAGAGCGCAGACGUCGUUCCGGGACCGGUCCCCCUCAGCCGUCUCAAUCGGUAGUGCGAUCUGCUGCUCUUCAGCAACCGAUCCACGAACACCCCGGAAUGAACGUCAAGAUGCAGGACUGGGCGGAGUCAUAA